GACUAAAAACCACAAGAUUGUAGAACGUACCAUCCUAAUCAUUAAUUCGACAAAGGAUAAAUUAUGCCCGAUCCACACACAAUCCUCAGAACCAACCCAACAUAUGCCCCAGGAAAAGAGUCAUUAUUUAUCAGAAGCAGCGGGAAGCCGGCCACAAAAAGCUGUUGGUACUACGUGGUGUCCAACUACCACUGAUCCAGAGAAUAGGUAG